AUGUCUUUCUAUCCCGCCACCCUCCCCGCGCUCCCCCUCCGCGAGGCUAUCGUGGACCCGGUUUACCGCGCCGUCCUCUCCUUCGAUGGCAACGACCUCCCCCUCUUUGAGUCGGCCUUCUUCGAGGACGCCGCCUUCGACUUCAACGGCAGCGUGAUGGAGGGCCGCGCGGCCAUCAAGUCUGGCAGCUGGGACAACGUCUCCAAGCUGGACACCACCCAUUUCCUUAGCAACGUGCGCAUCAACCUCCCCUCGGAGGACAGCACGACCGCGACUGUGACCGCCUCAGCUUUGGCCCAGCACUUCCGCACAGGCCAGGGGAACCAGCCCGACACCACCCGCCUGACGAGCGGGGCGCUGUACUCUUUCGACGUGGCCAAGGAUCCCGCGGAUGCGAAUGGAUUGUGGAAAAUCAAGCUGUGGAAGAUGAAACUGACCGCCGAUCUUUGGUUUUCGUUGGAGAGGCAGGAUGGCCUAGGCCACGAUUGGUUGUCUGCUGUUCCGUUUUAG